CAUCUUCUUACCGAAGGCAAAUUUAAAAACAAAGAUUCAUCAGCAAGCAAACUGAUUCUCUCUCUCUCGACUCAUUUCCCCCACAAAACAAAAGAAAACAAAACAUGGUGAGCUCAGAUAUCUCAACCGCCUCUCCUAGAAAGCUGGAGGGCAAAGUGGCAAUCAUCACCGGCGGAGCUAGCGGCAUAGGCGAGAGCACCGCCAGGCUGUUCGUCCACCAUAACAACAGGACAAGGAUUACUAGCUGUGAAUUUGACAGAGCAGAGGUACGAAAUGCAGAGAAAGGAGGGAACAGAAACUGAACAAAGGAAAGAGACGUUGUGGCCUCAGGACACAACGACGACGUCUUGAUUCUCUUUGGUUUCGGUAGACAGCAAC